UGGCAUGAAUUGUAAUUGUCACUCCUCCGUAGUCGCUCGCUUUUCUUCCAGUGUUUUGUGUUCCCCGAGUUCCGAGAUAUAUUAACCACGCGAUCGAGUGCCUUGUUUUACAAAUGCAUCUGAAGCGAGCCCAUUAAGUCGCGACUAGUUAUAUAAAGGGUGGAAAAAGCGAAAGAAUUCCAUACAUUAAUUUCGAAACUACUUGAACUAAUUUGCCUUCAUUAUAGCUGGCUAAAAUGAGUGCCGAAAGAGAUGAUGAAUAUCUUAAAUUUGUGCCCCACACAACAUCCUAUCAUGUGGUUCCAGGAGCGGAGUUUCAAUGUAAACUGGGGAACCAUAAUUCCAGGAAACUUUCAACAAUUGAUGAGCAGGAUGACGACGUGGCCAAUCGAAGGGGAAUAAUAAAUCAGAUUUUGGCCACUUGUGCAGUUCUUAUUCUUUCGGCUGCCUGUGGCAUGCCCAUUGGAUUUUCCGCCGUUUUGCUGCCCCAAUUGACGGAUAAUAGCACUGAGAUUCCCAUAGAUAAGGAUUCGGGCGCUUGGAUAGCCAGUGUCCAUAGUUUGGCCACCCCUUUUGGAUCGCUGCUAUCAGGUCCUUUGGCGGAUUAUUUGGGUCGCCGCAAGACCCUGAUAAUCUCAGUAAUUCCCCUUUGUAUAGGCUGGAGCACACUGGCAAUUGCCAAGGACUUGACAUUUGUGAUCAUCGCCCGGUUCCUCUGCGGAUUUGCUACCGGAAUUCUAGGUGGACCUGGACAGGUCUACAUUGCGGAGACGGCGGAGCCCAAUUUGAGAAGUCUGUUAAUCUGUGCUCCUUACGUGGCCUACUCGAGCGGAAUCCUGCUGGUCUACUCCCUCGGGUCCACUAUGUACUGGCGGAGUGUGGCGUGGUGCGCCAACAUCCUGCCUCUGCUGGCCAUGGUGUCCAUAUUCUGCAUCCCUGAGACACCCGCCUGGCUGCUCCGUAAUGGCUUUGACAAGCGGGCCAUGCAGGCACUCACCUUUCUGCGGGGCAGUGAAAUCAAUGCCCAAAAGGAGCUGAACGAUAUGAAGCAGAGAUUGGCCAAGGAGCGUGUCACCACCAGGACCAAUGAAAACAUCUUCCAGCUGUGCUGCCAAAGGGCGGCACUCAAACCCCUGGUAAUUGUGAUCGUGUUCUCCCUGCUGCAGAUGUUCUCCGGCACUUUCAUUGUGAUCUUCUACGCCAUCGAUAUGAUUUCCGAAUUCGGAGCGGAAUUCAAUCCCAAAAAAGCGGCGAUUGGUACGGCAGCUGUACGGGUAGUGUGCUGCAUGUGCUUUUGUGUGAUCCUGAUAUUUGUGCGCCGUCGCAACAUAAUGAUCGUCUCGGGAAUCGGUUCCGGCAUGUUCUGCCUGGCUUUAAGUGCCUUUCAGUAUGCUAGACAUGGCCAGCCCAAAAUGUUCUACGACGUUUUGGUGGGCGGCGGUUGCCUCUUGGGCUAUAUCAUUUUCAACACAGCCCUAAUGGUUAUGCCGGGCAUCAUGAUCGGGGAGUUAUUCCCGGCCAGAAUCCGGGGAAGAACUGCGGGUGGAGUGUUUGCGUCUAUGAACGUGGCGCUCUUUAUCUUCGCAAAGAUAUUCCCCGCUUUGCAGGCCAUGCUUAAAAUGCGUGGAGUAUUCCUGGUGUUUGGAGUAUCCAGUCUGCUGCUGACUGUAUUCAUGGGUAUGUUCCAGCCGGAAACAAAGGGACGUAGUUUAGAGCACAUCGAGGACUACUUCAACGGGAACAAUUGGCUGUGGUUCCGACGGGAUCGAGGCUACAAGACGGUGAAUCUGCAGCCCCUGCAACCACUCAAGACCAAUCGGGGGACAGACGCAUAAUCCUGGGGGUUUAGCUUUAAAUCAGUUCUUAGCUUAGCUAGGUUUAGACAUACUCGUAGUGCUAGCCACAGUGCCUCGUAGUCUUUAGUCUCCCUCGAUUUUCCAGUGUGUCCCCCAGUUUGGUCACUCCCAUAGGAAAUCUUCAAAUGUUAAGUUUAUUAAUUUAAAUUGUGAUCGCUAUGCUUUAAAUUGUGUCUAGUUAAAAUUAUGGUUAGAAAUAAAAAGCUUUUAAAAUUAAA